AUGUCUACUCCGUUUUCCUAUGCCCAAGCGGCUAAAGGCCAGUUCACGGCCAAGCCUGCGGCGCCGCAGUCAGUAUCGAGCCAGGCUGCAUCAACCACGAGCAGUCAGAGUCAAGUUGGUACAGUCGGUACCACGACGAACACCCCUUCGGUGGCUGCGUCAACUACAUCGAAUGACAACGAUGCGAACGAGAACGCUGUGGAGCCCUCAGAGUCAUCGAGCAAGAGCAAUGCGGGAUCGACCAUGCAGCCAGCCAAGGAAGAGGAGUCCUCCGCUGAGAUUGCACCCGAGGAAGCCUCUCAGCCUAUAGUCCAGGAGACCAAACAAGUCGCAGAUACUUGGGUCCCAAGCACCGAGAGACGGGGUAUGGGCCCGAACUCUUCUUCUACACGUUCUUCCGACAUCGUCGAGACCAAGAAGUCCAGGAAAUCCAAGAAAGCACGAGGAGACAAGGAUCUGGAACAAGAUCCGUCCGUCGAGAAGGAUAAGGAUUCCGAGGCACCAAAGGUUGAAUUGUCUGAAGCUCCCAUUCCAGCAGUAAAUCCCUGGACACAACGAGCGGCCUUGCAGCAGAAGUCAACGCCGGCUCAGUCAUCCACACCUUCCCGGGCCGCGACGGCUGGGGGCAACGCCUCCCCGGCUACGACCGCCUUAUUCAGCUCCGUGGAAGCGAAGUCUAGACCUGCCCUGAACAACGACGCUGAAAGCACGAUCUCGCACGGUAGGCCGGCUCCUAAUGGAGUCAAGAGUCAGAGAAGAGGAAACGAGCCGGUGCGUGAUGGUAGCGACCAGGCCGGGCGCAGAUCCGCGCCUCGGGGAAGCCGCAUAGGUGAUAAGGGCGAAAGGCGAGUCGGCGAGCCGCUGCCUGUUGUGUCGGAUGUACACUUGUGGCCAACUGUCGAGUCCGCAAUCACUGGAUCCAAGGCUCAGGACAAGACGGACAAGCCGCAGGAGAAAGAGGAGACCAAGGAAGAGUCGGGUCCAAAAGAGAAGACAAAGUGGGUGCCUGUACCAUAUGUCCCGACUGUGAAUUUUCAGACCCCGCUGCCGACUCGAGGCGGACGUGGCGGUCGUCCAGCCGGCUCUCGGGGCGGACGGGAUACUGGAGUUCGCGGUAAUCACGCUAGCGGUUCGUCUGUGGACAGAUCACAAGCAGCGGCGAUGAAGUCUGCCGGUGGUUCUCAUGAUGGCGCAGUAAACGGACAGGCUGCUUCAGCUGCGUCGCACAUGGUCAACAGGGCUUCGGUGGACAACUCAGGAGCCCGAGAAAUGAACAAGUCCUCAGCUGGAAUGACUGCCGAAGCUGUCAAAUCUUCUGCUGAUCCAUCUCCAUCGAUUAAUGGCAAGGAUGGGCUUUCCAAGCAGAGCCAAGGAGAGUCCAACGGUUCCGCACUAAAUCAGCAGCAGUCUUCCGGGGCCCCAACUGGAUCGGAUUUACGCAUCGAGUCGAGCUCUUGGGUAGCUGAUCAGUCCAAGGAGUCCCUGUUCCCCAGUGCGAAGGAGUCAAAGCACCAUUCCAACAACCGUAAUGAGGGCGGUUCUCGGUCACGAGGUGGGAACCGAGGUCGAGGUAACCACCAAGGGGCGAAUGGUCAUCACCCCGCUUAUAGUGCAAGCGGCCAGUCUUUUGGCAUGCCUCCCCGCCAGAACUCGUACCCUGCCAACUUUGCGGUGCUAUUUGGCAAUCAAUACCCUGGUCCCAACACUGGCCAUGGCCAUCGUGGAUCGAACCGCCAUAACUCGACGUCAUCCAACUAUUUUAGACAGCCACAAACCAGUGGCGCUCGAAUUUCCCCCGCCCAGACCAGUAGCAAUCAAUACGACAUGUCGCUGCAUCCGGCUAGCAACUUCCCCUCGUACGGAGCCCCCUACGGCUUCACCGAUGGCAGCAGUAUUCUGGAUCUAGUCAAGGGCCAGCUCGAGUUCUAUUUCUCAGUUGAUAAUUUGUGCAAGGAUACUUUUCUUAGAAGGCACAUGGAUUCUCAGGGUUUCGUGUUUAUCGAAGUUAUCGCCGGGUUCAGACGCAUGCAGAAUAUGACGACCAACAUCGAUGUGAUCCGCGUCGCAUGUGAGGACAACCCAGAAGUUGAGAUUGUCAUUGGUGCUGACGACAAUCGCACACGACUUCGCCGAAGACAUGGUUGGGAAGCGUGGGUUUAUCCCCCGGGGCAACGACAUGAGUCAGUCAAUUAUGAUAACGGCCCUUCGAACUGCUAUUACUAUAGCAGACACGCGUAUGGCCUCUACCAAGCAGCCACACACGGAGCUUACCCCUUGGACUCUCCUCCCAUGUUCUCCCCGAACGGUGUUGACGCUCAGUUCGCUCCUUACAUGAAUGGAGCCACGUAUGUACAGGCCAUGGGCAACGGCAUCAAUGGCAUGAAUGGUGUCCAUAGCCAAGCUCCCGUGGGAGAGUCUCAGCUGUCUGCCGAAGUGCCCGAGUUUUCGCCUAGUGGCGCUAUGGGUGCCUCGGACUUGGGCAGUGCUGCACCUGGAAGAGAUUCGGCCAAGGUUGGCCAGCACACAACCGGCGUCAACGGUGAGGCGGCGCCCCUUACCAAUGGCACUCACGAGGAAAUUGCGCAACCAUAUCAACCACCAUAUACGAACGGGGUUGGUGAUGCUGUUGAAGCUGAGAUCUAG